AUAACUUCUCAACCGAAAGAACAUUUAAAUGCAUCACAUGUUUGUGAAAAGGCCAAAGGAAUGAAAAACAAGUUAGUAUUAUUAUUUGCAGAAAAAAUGAAAAAUUAGAAGAGAAACGAUAAAACAGAAGAAGAUAGAGGAGUGCGAGUGGGUAGAUUUGAUGGCGGCGAUGAUCAAGAAAGCGUCGAAGGAUCUCAUCGAAGAGGCUCGGAGAUGGGCUGCCAUGAAACAGAACGGCGUCAGCCUCCGUUACAUGACGGAAUUCGGCUCCCGCCCCACGCCCCGCAAUCUCCUCAUUUCUGCUCAAUUCCUCCACAAGGAGCUCCCAAUUCGCAUCGCCCGCCGCGCCGUCGAGCUCGAGUCCCUCCCCUACGGCCUCUCCCUCAAACCCGCCGUUUUGAAGGUAAGAGAUUGGUAUUUGGAGUCCUUCCGUGAUGUUAGAUCCAUUCCGGAAAUUAAGGAUAACAGCGAUGAGUUGGAUUUCACACAAAUGAUUAAGAUGGUUAAAGUCAGACACAACAAUGUGGUCCCUAUGAUGGCUUUGGGAGUGCAACAGUUGAAAAAAGAUCUGAAUCGUAAAAUUGGUGAUGAGGGUCUGGAUGAAAUCCAUCAAUUUCUGGAUCGGUUUUAUAUGUCUAGAAUUGGGAUCCGCAUGCUUAUUGGGCAGCAUGUCGCCUUGCAUGAUCCGGAUCCACCUCCUGAUUGUGUUGGAUAUAUACAUACAAAAAUGUCCCCGGUUGAGGUUGCAAGAAAUGCUAGUGAGGAUGCCCGUUCCAUUUGCUUGCGAGAAUAUGGCAGUGCCCCAGAUAUUAACAUCUAUGGAGACCCUAAGUUCACAUUUCCUUACGUUCCCACUCACUUGCAUCUGAUGGUGUUUGAGUUGGUAAAGAAUUCCUUGCGUGCUGUUCAAGAACAAUACAUGGACUCAGACAAGGUUGCACCUCCUGUGAGAAUAAUAGUUGCUGAUGGAUUGGAGGACGUAACAAUUAAGGUAUCGGAUGAAGGAGGUGGUAUAGCCAGAAGCGGUCUUUCAAAGAUUUUCACAUAUCUGUAUAGUACUGCAAAAAAUCCUCUCGAUGAGUCAGGCGUUGACCCUGAUACAGCAACAACUAUGGCAGGUUAUGGUUACGGUCUUCCUAUUAGCCGUUUGUACGCCAGGUACUUUGGAGGGGAUCUGCAAAUUAUCUCCAUGGAAGGAUAUGGGACCGAUGCUUACCUCCAUCUGUCGCGGUUGGGAGAUUCUCAAGAACCCCUUCCUUGAGCUCAAGUGGAUAAAUACCAUUCUUGAGAAUGAUAUAUAGAGACACAAGAUGAGUAUUCUUCUUGUAUGUGGUCUUUGUUGUUAUUUUUAGUGUAAUAAAAUAAAUGCAUGGGGUUGGGGCUUUGAAGAAACUUUAGCCUCUAUGCUUUCAACAAAAAGUCUAAUUUAUGGCCAAAUCUUUGGUUGGCUCCUCUGAAUAGAAUGGAGAUAUAUGUAUGUGUAAAUAACUGCUCCAGAUAAAAUAUUACUUAAGUUUGCAAAUGAAUAUUAAUAAGAGUUGCUAAUUUUUCAUUGGUUAAAAA